AUGGUAGCUUCACGUGGUAGUGCUAGAUUCACUCAGGCAUAUAAUUCGAUGUUAGGAAAAGUUAGACACAACUUUAAUUUAGCUAUAGCCGAAGCGCGUAAUGCUCCUUUGAAUGAACGUCUUGCAGAAAUACGUGCAUUAAAUUAUGCGCUAUACUUUUUACCCGAAGAUAUGCAAGUACAAUUCAAAGUACAUAUUGAUGAAUUAGUCAAGUUAAUCGUCGAUGAAGAGAAAGUACACAGACAGAAUUUAGAAGCAUUGCUCACAAGUAUCGACGAAGAUGCACAUGCUAUUGCGAGAUUAGGGCUACUAGCUGAAGAGUAUAAGAAAAAGAAUAUGCCUGAACUUUUUGGAACAUUACAUGAACAAAUUUUAAAGAAGCUACGUACAUACGAAAUAAAAGUACAGAGUUCUUUGGAUAAGCAAGAGAUACAAUUCGCUCUUUCAGUUGUGAAGGGGGGUCCCCCCAUUUAG